AGUCGGGCCCUCGACGAGCACCGUUCAACUUGACCAGAAAGUAAAGACACAAAAAAAUAAAAAUACACCUGGAACUUAAACAUAACCUGAAAUUAAUUUGAGGGAUUUCACUUUGCGCAUUGAUAUACAUUGAAGUUCGAUUAAAUAAUAAUAAUGGGGCGUCGAUGGUUGUUGGCAUUGGGAUUGUGUCUGCUUUUAAGUAGGACGCAGGCGCAGCUCAUUGGUGGCGAGGAGGAUGAGGAGGAGGACGAGGAGGAGGAAGAGGAGAGCAUUGAGGAUGAAACUGCCGAGGAGAAAUUGCAGCGUAAAAACAUCAAGCAAGACUCAAACCUUACUGUGGAUAAAUUAAUUGCCAAGUAUGGCUACCAGGCGGAAGUGCAUCAUGUGACCACCGAGGAUGGUUACAUUCUAACAAUGCAUCGCAUAAGGAAUCAGGGUGCCCAACCCUUCCUUCUUCAACAUGGACUCGUUGAUAGCUCAGCGGGUUUUGUUGUCAUGGGUCCAAAUGUGAGUCUGGGCUACUUGCUGGCCGACCACAACUAUGACGUCUGGUUGGGAAAUGCAAGAGGAAAUCGUUACUCCAGAAACCAUACAACUCUCGAUCCAGAUGAAUCCAAAUUCUGGGAUUUCAGUUGGCAUGAAAUUGGCAUGUAUGAUCUGCCGGCAAUGAUCGAUUAUAUUCUUAAAACAACUGCCUACAAGAAGCUACAAUAUGCUGGACAUUCUCAGGGCUGCACCGCCUUCUUUGUCAUGUGCUCCAUGCGACCGGCAUAUAAUGAGAAAGUCAUCUCUAUGCAGGCCAUGGCACCGGCAGUUUAUGCCAAAGAAACCGAAGAUCAUCCUUAUAUACGUGCCAUCAGUUUGUACUUUAAUAGCCUCGUUGGCAGCGCUAUCACAGAGAUGUUCAAUGGAGAAUUCAGAUUUCUCUGUCGCAUGACCGAGGAGACAGAACGACUCUGUAUUGAGGCUGUUUUUGGCAUUGUGGGACGCAAUUGGAAUGAGUUUAAUAGGAAAAUGUUUCCUGUUGUUCUGGGCCAUUAUCCCGCCGGUGUGGCGGCCAAACAGGUGAAGCACUUUAUACAGAUCAUCAAAAGCGGAAGAUUUGCGCCAUAUAGCUACAGUUCCAACAAGAAUAUGGUGUUAUAUAGGGAGCAUUUGCCUCCACGCUAUAAUCUCAGCCUUGUGACGGUGCCAACAUUUGUGUAUUAUUCAAGCAAUGAUUUGCUGUGUCAUCCGCACGAUGUGGAGUCUAUGUGCGACGACUUGGGAAAUGUCACAGGAAAAUAUCUGGUGCCCAUGAAGGAGUUUAAUCACAUGGAUUUCCUCUGGGCCAUUGAUGUGCGAAAGCAGCUUUACAAUCGCAUGUUGCAAGUGCUGGGCAAGUUGCCACAGGUCAAGAAUUCUGAUGGCGAUGAUCUGGUCAGGGAUCUGGGCCGUGGGCUAAGACAACGACGAAAACGAGAGCGGAAACAAGGAUGAGGGCGAGGAGAAGUUUCCUGGUAGCAGAAUUACGUGUAGAGCUUUAUAUUUAAUAUUUAUUUAUUUAUU